AUGGAAGCCGCUAGGCUUCCGGAUUCUAAGCAUCUUGACCAUCUCUGUGCCCCUUCGGAGAACAGCACGGGCCGCGACGACGCUCCGCAUUUGUCGGCCCCGCCGGCCCAGAUGAUCCAUCAACUCGGUGUCGGAGUUAGUGUUAGAAACGCCGCCGAGUUUUCUGUCAGCAGGCGGCGCCAGCAGACCACGGUGGGAAUCUUCGGCAGCAGCGUCGGCGCCGGCAUACGGUUUGCAAUCGCAAACAUAAGAGUCCCCGUGCUGAUUCCCACACGCGACAACACCAAGCUGUACGCCAAGGUCUGGGGCGACGGCCGGCCUGUGGUGCUGAUCCACGGCUGGCCACUCACCGCCGACACCUGGGACCCUCACGCGCUCGACUUGGCCGACGCCGGCUACCGCGUGAUCGCCUACGACCGGCGCGGCUUUGGCCGCUCGGAGCAGCCGUGGUCGGGCUAUGAGUACGACACCCUGGCUGACGACCUGGCGGACGUUCUCAAAGCGACCGGCGCCGAGGACGCCACGCUGGUGGGGUUCUCGAUGGGGGGCGGCGAGGUUGCGCGGUACAUGAGCCGCCACGGCGGCGCCGGCGUUAAGCAAGCCGUUCUGGUAUCGUCGAUCGUGCCCUACAUGCUUAAGACCGACGACAACCCCAGCGGCGUGCCCCAGUCGGUGUUUGAAGAGAUCGCCUCUGGGCUCAAGGAGGACCGCCCCGGCUUCUACGGCGGAUUCUUUAAGGACUUCUACGGCGUGGGCAUGCUCAACCGCCCGGUGAGCGACGAGUGCCUGGAAUGGACCCGGUCGAUGGCGAUGCAGGGCGGCCUGAAGGCGACCAUCGAUUGCGUGGUCGCGUUCAGCAGCACCGACUUCCGGAGCGAGCUGACGUGCUUCAGCACGCCGACGCUUGUCGUGCAUGGGACCGAGGACCAGACCGUGCCGAUUGACUGCAGCGGCCGCCCCGCGGCGGCGGGGAUCCCCCACGCCACGCUCAAGGAGUACGAGGGCGCACCGCACGGCCUGCUGGUCACUCACCAGCGUCAGCUCAGGGACGAUUUGCUAGAGUUCCUGGCCGGCUAA